CGCGUCUUUUUGGGCAACCGCGAAAAAACGCAGUGUCCGAUUCGGAAAGGAAACGUCAUUUGCGCGGGCGGGGGCAGGGGAGCAAGCGGGAAUUCCACCAAUUCGGCGGUGGAGCUACAAAAUUGGCAGGGAGCCACUCUGCAGUCAAGUCAAGUCUAUAAAGCCAAAGCGGGGACAGCGCCGCCGCCUCCGCCGCCGCUGCACCGCCGAGACUGCUUUCGUUUCAAAACCGUCCGCGAAAUUCUCAUCCACAUAUAGCCUCAUAACCCCCACGGUAAAGAGAGAGGGGAAACAAAACCGACGAACGAAAAAUGGCGUCGCUUACUCUGCGGUCCCCUUCUCAAACCGCGUCGUCUUCCCGGCGGCUGCCUCUCCCCCUCUACCUCCGGCAACGCUCCUCCAACCUGCAGUUCGACGGAGCUCCUUCUCUCUCCCGGCGCAUUCGCGCUCAAAACGCCGGCAAAUGUGAUGUAACUGAGCCGCUAGAUUUAGCGAAUGGGAAGCCAACCAUACCGGUUAUCAACGGGAGGACACUACCGAAGUUCUACGAAUCGACUUCGAUGCAGAACACGGUUAAUAGAACUAGCUCACGGCUGAAGUUGUUCUCCGGCACAGCUAAUCCGACUCUUUCUCGAGAAAUUGCUAGGUACAUGGGGAAGGAACUGAGCAAGAUCAACAUUAAGCGAUUUGCAGAUGGCGAAAUCUAUGUCCAGUUGCAAGAGAGUGUUAGGGGUUGUGAUGUAUAUCUAAUCCAGCCAACUUGCCCACCGGCGAAUGAGAAUCUCAUGGAGCUGUUGAUCAUGAUUGAUGCUUGUCGAAGAGCGUCGGCCAAGAAUAUAACUGCUGUGAUUCCUUACUUUGGUUAUGCCAGAGCUGAUAGAAAGGCAAGUUUUUUUUUUAUCUCUGGCUCGUGUGUGCAGACUCAGGGCCGUGAGUCUAUUGGUGCCAAGCUUGUUGCAAAUGUUUUGACGAAAUCAGGUGCUGAUCGUGUUCUUGCCUGUGAUCUUCACUCUGGGCAGUCUAUGGGUUACUUCGACAUUCCUGUGGACCAUGUGUAUUGCCAGCCUGUUAUUCUAGAUUAUCUUGCAAGCAAGACUAUCAGCUCCAAUGACCUAGUUGUAGUUUCACCUGAUGUUGGUGGAGUUGCACGUGCACGUGCUUUUGCGAAGAAACUGUCAGAUGCCCCUUUAGCUAUUGUGGAUAAAAGGCGCCAUGCUCAUAACGUGGCUGAGGUGAUGAACCUCAUUGGUGAUGUGAAAGGGAAGGUUGCAGUUAUGGUGGACGACAUGAUUGACACUGCAGGAACAAUUACAAAGGGAGCUGAGCUGCUACACCAAGAAGGGGCUAGGGAAGUGUAUGCCUGCUGCACUCAUGCUGUAUUCAGUCCUCCAGCAAUCGAGAGGCUGUCGAGUGGGCUGUUCCAAGAAGUCAUUGUGACCAACACACUUCCAGUACCGGAAAAGAACUACUUCCCCCAGCUCACCAUUCUCUCCGUCGCAAACCUCUUGGGUGAGACUAUCUGGCGCGUUCACGACGAUGGCUCUGUCAGUAGCAUCUUCCAAUAACAAAAAUCCUUCUUUUCCCCCCAUUUUCUCAUUCAACUUAGUGUCGCCUUUUUACUUUUAGACACAGUCAGUUGCUCCUUUGACCCCUUCCCUUGAUUUAUUUCUCCCCAAUUUUCCCUUCGGCCACAAAUCUGUUUGUAAGAGCAGUUAAAUUGGAUCUUUCUUUGUUGAAUGUCAUAAUUACCCAUCUAGUUUUGUAGAAUGGAUGUCAUGGUUCUAACCUGAUUCAGGAGUUGAUCAGACGAUUAUAGUUUAGCUAACCAUUUGGUUUGGGUAAUGUUAAAUUGUAAUCUAACCAAUUUUCCCUUAACUGGACAAUAACUAAUUCAGAAGCUCAAAGAAAAAACUGCUCAGAAACCUCCAUGGUUUCAUGUUCAUGAACACCAUGUGUAUACACAUAAGAUUACAACGGGAAGUAAAAGUAAUAAAGCAAAAAAGGUUCUUGAAUCUGGAAAGGAAAUCAGCAUAUCUAUGUACAAACAAUUUCGCUCCAAGGCCACUGGCUAGAUAGCCUUCUUCUCUCUAUAACUCCUGGAACACGCAAUAUAAACCACCAGAUUUGCAAAGCUCAACCCAGCCAACAACCAGAAGAAGUAAUCGAGAUGCCCCUUGUUCAAGUUAUCUGGUAUCCACCCUGGCUCCAACCCACCCUUCGUGGUGAAAUGCACCACGAUAGUCAGGAUAAACGAGUUCAGGUAGUUCCCCAAUGACGUAGUCAGCAGCGCCAGCGCACUGCACAGGCUCCGCAUUGCAUCAGGGGACUGCUCGUAGAAGAACUCGAGCUGGCCAAUGAAAGUGAACACCUCAGCGGCACCCACCAGCAUGAAUUGUGGGAUCUGCCAGAAGAUGCUGAGUGGGACAACUACAGCUUGGUCCACCAGUCCUAGCUCGUCAGCGAGCUGGAGCCGCUUGAUCUCCACGAGAGCUGCUGCUGCCAUGGCGAGGAUCGAGAUCAACAGGCCAAUCCCCAUACGCUGCAGCUCGGAGAAACCCCUUGGGUUUCCAGUGAAACGAGAGGCAAGUGGGACAAUGAAGGCGUCAUAGACCGGGACCCAGAAGAUGACGCUGAUGACGUCGAAUGUGGAUAAGGAGGCAGGAGGGAUUUUGAUGGAGCCUAUCGUGGCGUCCAUCAGCAUGCCUUGCUCGACAAACAUGGUGGACAUCUGGGCAUAGACUGCGGAAAAGACGAUCCCUGUGGCCCAGAUGGGGAACAUGCGGAUCAGUAUUUUGAGUUCCUCCACCUGUGUCACCGUGCAGAGCCUCCAUGGGUUUAAGAAGUCUGAGCUUUUCAUCUCGGCAUCUGAUACUAUGCAAGCUCUAUCAAGGCAUUUCAAUUCAUCAGUGUGCUCCAGCUUACGGCUGCCUUCGACGCUAGAGAUUUCAUCUUGUGUUUCGUACAAGAGGGUGGAGUCAGAAGGCACUUCUAGAUUCCACUUAUGAAAAGAUGCAACCAAGACCUGGCACAUUCUCGUAAGAGGGCUUCCCCCUGGCCGCUGGAACCUAUAGAGUGGCGUGCCAGAGAAGAAAGUCGCUAUGGCAACUCCCAUAAAUAUGGCGGGCACACCAAACCCU